GUGUUUAUUCUCAAAGGACAGCUUUGGUUUCCUCGAGAGCUCCCAAGCUUUUUACUUUAGGACACAAAAUGGAAGUUUCUUUUCAACAGAUGGACAGCCUCCGGAAAGCUCAUAUCUGAUCUCAUCUAUCCCCCCCUCUCUCUCUCUCCCCCAACAACAGCUCAGCAGAAUUCCACAAAAACCAGACAACAUCAGAGAGAGAGAGAGAGAGAGAGAGAGUCAGUCAUCCAUGUCUGACUCGGAGCUAAUAACCCUCUGCCUCCUUCCCUCAAUCUUGGCUCUGCUUCUCGUCUCCAUCCUCAUCCAGAGGAAGCACCAGACCCGGUUCAAGCUCAACCUCCCGCCCGGCCAUGCCGGCUGGCCUUUCCUCGGCGAGACCAUUGCCUACCUCAAGCCUUACUCCGCCACUUCCAUCGGAGCCUUCAUGGAACAACACAUCUCCAGGUUUGGGAAGAUAUACAGGUCCAAUCUGUUCGGGGAGCCGACGAUCGUGUCGGCCGACGCGGAGCUGAACCGGUUCAUCCUGCAGAACGAGGGGAGGCUGUUCGAGUGCAGCUAUCCGAGGAGCAUCGGGGGGAUCCUCGGCAAGUGGUCGAUGCUGGUUCUGGUCGGGGACAUGCACAGGGACAUGCGGAUCAUCUCCCUCAACUUUCUCAGCCACGCCCGGCUGAGGACCGUCCUGCUCAGGGAAGUCGAGCAGAGCACUCUGCUCGUAUUGAGCUCUUGGAAGGAGAGCUGCACUUUCUCUGCUCAAGAUGAAUCCAAGAAGUUCACGUUCAAUCUGAUGGCGAAGCAUAUAAUGAGCUUGGACCCCGGAGAGGCGGAGACAGAGCAGCUGAAGAAGGAGUACGUCACUUUCAUGAAAGGCGUGGUGUCUCCGCCGCUGAAUUUCCCCGGAACCGCCUAUCGAAAGGCUUUGCGGUCGAGAUCGACGAUUCUGAAGUUCAUAGAGAGGAAGAUGGAGGGGAGGGUCCGGAGGAUGAAGGAAGGAGGAGGAGGAGGAGGGGAAGAGAGCUCGAGAGAGGACGACGAUCUGCUGGGGUGGGUGCUGAAGCACUCGAACCUGUCGACGGAGCAGAUCUUGGACUUGAUACUGAGCCUGCUCUUCGCCGGCCACGAGACCUCCUCCGUCGCCAUUGCUCUGGCCAUCUUCUUCUUGCAGGCGUGCCCCAGAGCAAUCGACCAGCUGAGGGAAGAGCAUCUUGAGAUAGCGAGAGGCAAGAAGAAAGCUGGAGAGACGGAGCUGAACUGGGAGGACUACAAGAAGAUGGAGUUCACCCAGUGUGUGAUUAGCGAGACGCUUCGGCUGGGAAACGUGGUGAGGUUUCUGCACAGAAAGGCGCUCCGAGAUGUCAGAUACAAAGGGUAUGACAUUCCAUGUGGAUGGAAGGUGCUGCCGGUGAUAGCAGCUGUGCACUUGGAUCCUCUGCUUUUUGACCACCCUCACCACUUCAACCCUUGGCGAUGGCAGAACAAAUGUACUUCUAACCCUCGAGGACAGUCGUCGCAAGAUUCAUCGUCUUCGACGUGCCCAGGCGCGAACUAUUUCAUGCCGUUCGGAGGAGGACCACGGCUCUGCGCGGGAUCCGAGCUGGCUAAGCUCGAGAUGGCAGUCUUCAUCCACCAUUUGGUCCUCAACUUCAGCUGGGAGCUAGCUGAGCCUGACGAGGCUUUCGCCUUCCCAUUUGUGGACUUCCCUAGAGGCUUGCCCAUCCGAGUUCAACGCCACACUUUGCUAUAAACCCUAGAAAAGACAGGAAUUCAUUCAAGGACUAUUUCGAAAAAGAUCUCUCUCUCUCUCUCUCUCUCUCUCUGAGUAACAUCCUCAGCCUCAGGUCUGUGGGUGGCGGGUUGAUUCCACUUUCACGUGCUGCGCAUAGAAGAAAGGAAGGAAGAAGAGAACAAAAGUGCCUCACGGCUGUGUGUGGGAGUUGCUCUUGACUCUACGUGGGCAAGCUCACAUGAUGAAAGGGAAGACUCAGAAGUUCUGCGGUGGUUGAUGAUGCAUCUUGGACCACAUCCUCCGAUACAUAAUCCCCAAAACCCACCACACACUUCUUCUUCUUCUUCCUCUCUCUCUCUCUCUCUCUCUCUCUCUCUCUCUCUCUCUCCAUUGCUCUGUAAAUGUUAUUGUAAGAUGGGUAACUCCAUGUAGAGGUUGAUCAUUCAUUUGUAUGUGAUAUGAGCUUUUUGUUUUCUUCUU